CCUGUAUAUACUUCUAGCCUAAUCCUGAACGUGUCUGCUAUCUACAAUUGGCGCUCCAUAAUGUAGUGUGGCGCUAGUUUCCGAAAUCUCAAAACAAAUGAAAAAGCAAUGGCCGAUAACCACGAAGUCAAGGAGAAACAUAGAGAAGUGCGAUGUUGGUUGGAGGAAGUGUUUGGAGAUCACACAGUCCCACAGUAUGAGAUUAAUGUCAAGAUGGUGGUGAUGCUACAUGAUCUGAUGCAGAGAUGUAAGGAGAGAGAUACAGAUAAACAAAUCCUGAUUGAUGAUCUUAACGACAAGACCACUGAGUACCAUGGAGAAGAGAAGCGGUUGUCAUCCAUAGUGGAAAAUGUUGGCCUGUCACCAAGCAGUCUCUCACAAUCCGGUAAUGUUAGUCUAAGGACACUUACUAAUGUUGCUCAAACUCUUCAACUACAAGUUACUUCAGCCAGCAAUUAUUAUCUGGCAAUGAUGAAUUUAACGAGGGAGUUGGUAGCUUUGGAAGACAAGCGGCAGGAAGAGAAUCUCUCAAAUCAGAAGCUCUUCAAUAAGACCAAGAUAGCUAUGAUUAAAACUGAGUCUUUGAAGAAAGCAAUGGUAUCUUUAGAGGAACAAGCAAAGGAAGAAGGACCUAAGCUUGAAGAUAGGAUGAGACAGACCGGGUUCUAUCAUAGUAAAUCUAGAGAGUAUGACAACCAACUUGAAAGCCUUGAGGUUAAGUUACGUGAAACCGGUGUGGAACCAUCUCUGUACCAUCAGAGUCUGGUUGCAUUAUCUCAGGAAUUAGAAUCACUUGAUACCAGGCUGUCUCCACUCAAAGCUAAACUAGAUAGCUACCAGAAUCUCCCUCCUAAUGUACCAUUAGCAAAGGUGAAGAUAGAAGAAGCUAAAAGGCAAUUGAUGGCUAUGGAAGCGGAGUUAUCAAGAAACAUUGACAUGAUGCAUAUGUGAGAUGGCAUUGUGUAGGUGCUGAUCAAGAGACUACUGAAGGAAGUGUGUGUAAAGGUUUAUCAAGAACAGAAGAUGGGUCAAAGACUGAACCACCAACACGAGGGUUUACACAAUUUAAAUCAUGAUUUCAAUCGCCCUGAUGUACAAAACAAUAAUUGGUGAUUUAAAUCAUUUUCAUAGACUUGUGUGUUAAAGGAAACUUUCUUUGAAAUAUCUUAUAAGUGGAUUUUUUCCCCGUACUUUUGCACAGUUUUGUGCUGCAACAUCAAUUUCACUGUAUUUUGUUUGUAAGUGCAAGACUUCUUGUUGUUGUUCCAUCAGUUCCAUGCACAUGAUUCAGUUGAAA